CGCCUUUGGUCUCACAAUGGUAAAGACAUGAAAUACCUUAGAAUACUUAGUGACAUAACAAAGAUAUAUUAAUUUAAAAACAGUGCAUGCAUUCGCUAUCAAAUUUUAGGAUUUCUGUUGCACAUAAUAACAUAAUUGAUUUAAAAUAAUGAAUGUUUUUUUUCUACUUCUAAGUUCAAUGGACAAGUCCUGGGGAGACAAACAGCUCAAUUUGUGUGCUGAAUAGUAAAACCAAACAAAUUGAUGAAUUGAGGGAGAAAAACAUGAUUGCAUUCCUGCACAGAAAGCUUAUUUAUUGUCAACAUAUUUUGUCUGUCUCCACACAUCAGGUCCAUAACAUUCUGGGUAUCACCACUAGUGGGCCCAGCCGGUGCUACGCUGCUGCUGCUGCAGCCUCGGUCAGACACACAGAGGAUGAGGCCUGCCAGUCCUGCCCCGAUUAAUCCAUCGUUUGCCCGGGGCGGUUAGCAUGGUCCGGGCCAUGGAUGCACCGAUCGCGCAUUUCGACGACGACCGGCCGAACUUGGCGGACGUGACCGCGGGUUCGGUACCGCAGCACGGCCGAGCGGAGGUGAGCCCCGCCGCGGGGGAAGCGGUGGCUCGGCUCCUCCUGGAUCAGGAUGAUCCUCCUGGGCGGGCUGACAGCGAUGGUUCCCCGAAGCAAUCCAGUGUGUGCAGGUCCACGGAGGAACAUCUUAAUGGACCGGAUGGGAAGUUAUCGGCUUGCCUCGAAAAUGUAAAACCGGACAGGAUCGGUGCAGUGAGUGUGUUCACGGAGGAGACCCUGCUGGAGAAAGACGAAAUAUGGAACGCCCUCGCCUGUAACUACGGCCAGGCCGUGCCGGUAGAUUGGCGGCAGUCUCGGACGCGCUCCCUCUACAUCUCCACGUUUAACCUUGAGGAGAGACUGAGAGAGACGGACGAUGCGGCGGAGCUGUCCGACGAGGACGAGCUCAGGGAGCAGCUGGACAUGCACUCCAUCAUUGUUCCCUGUGUGGACCAGGAGCCCCUUGUCACGGCGGAGCAGGUCAUCGAGGAGAUCGAGGAAAUGAUGCAGGACUCACCCGAUGCGGAGGCAGAGCGGAAUCCCUCCCAGUCGGACCUGUCCAUGCUCUCUGUGGACAUCCGGCGCAGCAGUCCCGGCUUCGAGGACAGUGAGUGGCCGCUGCAGCGAGCAAAAACGGGGGGCUUUUCUCACAAGCAGCUUUUGCUCAGUAUGUGUGUGAUGACUCCAGGGCUGAGGUCCCUGAGCGCUGCCGAACUGCUGGAACGUCUGACAGAGACAGAGGUGAACAUCAGGAGGUUCUCUGAGGAGCUGGUGCAGCAGCUGGCCGUCAGAGACGAGCUGGACUUCGAGAAGGAGGUGAAGAACAGUUUCAUCUCGGCACUCAUCGAUGUGCAGAACCGGCAGAAGGAGCACAGGGAGUCGCUGAGGAAGAAGAAGAAGCUGAAAGGCGGAGCCGGAGCAGCUCAGGGUCUGCCGGAGAGAACACCUGGAUCACGCUUCAGCAUGGACGGCCUCUCCUCUGUUAUUCAAAACAGCUUCCGGCAAACAUUUGGCAGUGGCUGCAGCGAAAGACAGUAUUUGACCACAGUCAUUCCCUAUGAGAAAAAGGGACUACCUCCGUCGAUUGAAGACCUCCAGAUCCUGACCAAGAUUCUGCAAGCUAUGAGAGAUGACAGCGACAAGGUGCCUGGUCUCUUGACGGACUACAUCCUCAAUGGUGAGCGUUUCUCUCCUCUGUUUCUACCCUGUCACCAUUAACGACAAGCCCUGUUUUAUCUGAGAUCUCCAGUUGCUGUUGAGCUAAAUACAGGUUCUUAGUUCCACAGUUUAUUUUGCUUCACAUUUAGUUUUUAUUUAACUAUAUAACACAGACUUUACUUUUCAUCAAGUUAAUAGUCACCACGUAAAUUUCCAGAACUUACUAGUAAAAACGUACCCAGUAAGUUCUGAUUAUUAAAUUCCCCUAUUUCUAAGCUCUGAGAAAGUAACUUAAUGAAUGUUUCAGAUAAAGUACCUGAACGUUACUAGCAAGUUCCAUUAUUCUUGUGGAAAGUAACGACUGGGCUCUGGGAGAGAAAAUUGUGCACCAUUUCUAGAGUUAAAUUUGAUCCACAAGACAGUUAAAAUAUAGCUGUAGUGCCUUUCAAAACGAAUGGAAACAAAUACAUGGUUUUCAAGAGAUUUUUGCAGUAACAAUCUGAAAAGUCUGUUUUUAUACCUUGCCUUUCUGAGUGAAUACUUGGUUGAAUCAUAUUUUGACCGCAAUUACAACUUUAACACUUUUAGGGCCUCUCUCUGCCAGUUUUCACAUCUAGAGACUGACAUUUUCCCUAUUCGUCUGGUGAAAAAAGCUCAAGUUCAGCCAUGUUAGACAUAGAGCAUCUCUGAAUGUUAAUUUGCAUAAUUGGAUAAACCUUCCCAUUGAAUCAGUCCCAUCCUGUGACACCAGUUUAGAUGUUGGUCAGUGUUUGUAAGGUUUUCAUUUGUGCUGUGGUUUUAUGGAUAAUUGACUGAACUGAGCCAAAUCAAGUUUGUGAUAUUGUUUUGUUCUCCACAUCUUUCUCCCUGACCUGUUUGCUGUUUCUCCUGCUCUUCAUCAUGCUGUUUGUUUACUAAUGUUCUUUAAUAAACCUGCAACAUCUUUCCAGCAUGACUGUCUGUAUGGUGAGAUUAGACUACACAGCUUACCUUGAGUUGGUCUCACAUAAAACCCUCUUAAGAUACAGUACAAUUUGAGGCUGAAAAGUGUAAAAAAGAUCAACUGUUGCAAACACAUCAGGAAGACACUGUAUGCAUCCUUGAAAAGACUCCCAGCGUUUCCAUGGGAAACAGUGAGAAGCUAAAAAACUCAAAGUUGCAGUAAAUGAUCCCAGUGUGUAUCUUAGAGGGGUGGAAGAUUACACAGUGUGUCUCGGUGUGUGUGUGUGUGUGCGUGUGUGCGUGUGUGUGUGUGUGUGUGUCUUUUAUCUCAUCUCCUUUUGUUAGUAGCUCUGUUGACACUGCUUGUUCCAACUCGUUCCUGUGGUCCGAUCCUGGUUCUCCUGCUUUUAUCACUCUGCAUUUAUGCUUGGAUGUUUCUUACGAAUGUGCUUUUGCAGUCGGCUUUUCUGCUUUUUCCAUUUCCUUUCAGCUUCAUAUUUUUCGCCUGUAUUUAUUGCCUGUCUUUGUCCUACAUGUUCUCAAUUUCUCCUCUUUUUACUUGUUAGUCUUUGGUUUUAAUUGAAAUAGUUAUGAGACAAAAUGAAUCUGUGUGGCUCAGUCUUAGUAAGAACAAAUAGAAAUGGACAGGAAAAGAUCUGGAAAAGGUGAAAUAAUCGAAGUCUGUGUCUUCUUUUGAUCUUUUCAUUGUUGUUUUUUUGUCUUUCUCCACUUCUCACAAUCUUCACAAUCUUACGCUGCUUUACUCUCUAGCUCUGGUCUGAGCUUUGGACAGCGAGGUUUGUGGCACAUUCCUGUGUGACAUUGUUGUUGUUCCAUAGAUCACAAUGCGAUAGCGCACCCUGUCCACCAAAGGGUGUAGUUCAGUCUGACCUCAAAGAUGUCCCUCUGUUCCUUCCUGCUCUUUACAUUUGAGUCUCAUAGUCAGUCUUUAUCUCACCCAACAAGCAUCUUAAAGAAACUUAAUAAAGAGCAGAAAUAUAGAUUUUCCCUUUUCUGAUUUUUUAUUGCUUUUAAUAUUCAUAUUUUUCUUUCUUUCAGUGUUUUGUCCGACGUAGAUGGAUCAUGAUGAUCUGCAGACAGUUAAAGUUAGAAAGAAGAGGAACUGUGAAGCACACUUAAUUUAUUCCUGAAUGUUUUUACCUCCAUGUGUGAAUUUAUUGGUCCAUCUUUGAUUUAUAUGUUUAAGUUUAUGAUUGUGAUUUCCAAAUAGAGUGUGUUCUUGGAGACUAUUUGACAUAUACAAGGUUUUUCUAAAGGUGUUUCUUUGUUUUUAAGGAAUUCAAUCAGAUAUUAGAUGAAUUUAUUCAGGGUAAAGCUGUGAAGCAAAGGGCUUAGUAUUUAUGAAGCAUCAACUGAUCAUCUGAGCCAAGAAACAAGGAUACUUUUCUAAAGAGCAAAACAUUUUGUAAGCAUGAACAAAAAGACGAGACGAGAUCAGCAUCCCAGCAUUAUAAGUUGAAAGAUCAGAGAGGUGGAAAAAACAGCCAAUAGAUAUUUAUAAGAUUAUAAAACAAAUCUGAAGCCAGUCUGCAUCAUCGUGUGUCAACAAUCUCCUCAUUUUAUCAGGACUCUACCUCCAACACCAUCUAUAUUUAUAUAAUAUGCUGAGCUGAUCCAGGCUUUACUGGCAACCAGAAACAAUCUAUGCAUUUGAGUAAAAACUUAAUCUGACCCACAGAGUGUCUGCGUUUCGGAGACGCUGCCUGGAUCUCUGAAUCAGAGCGCACAGGAGGCGUUGCACCUGGACUCUUACUGUGUUCCUACCAGCUGCCUUUGCCUGAACUUUUCUACAUUAUGGAGAGCUUAUUUUCACUGAUGAGUGUCAUGUUGAAACUCUACUUACAGAAGCCACGUUGCUAUGCUAUUUAUCUAUUUGUGUAAAUAUUGUAUCUGAAUAAUAGAACUCUUGAUAUGUUUGCUUAAUUUUACUACUGAGAAUUAGAUAAUAAAGAACAUGAUGAGGAAA